AUGGUUAGGGCCAUCAAAGCCUGCCGGGACGGGAUUGAUCCCAAGGGAUUAGAGGGAAAAUGGAUUAGCCAUGUGAAAGGCAGAGGUGUGUUUGCUGUGGAUUCCUUUCAGGCAGGAGACUUCCUCCUAGAAUAUAGGGGGAAGUUGACUGAAAGGGAUCCAGGAGAUGGAAGAUAUACGUUUGAAUUUGACCUCAAUGGUAACACAUACUGGUUGGAUGCGACUGCCGAAGACGGUAGCCUUGGCCGCCUCAUCAAUGAUGAUAAGAAGUGUGCUAACGCCACAACAAAAGCUGUGUUGGUGGAUGGGCGGCCAAGGCUAUUCUUCUUUGCUAUCAGUGACAUCCCUGCAGGGAGGGAGGUAACUUAUAGCUACAACAAGGGAACUCCAUGUCCCUAUCCCUGGAGGGUUAAAGUGCCUAAAUACUGGUACCCACUAGCAGGUACCAAGAAAACGUACCUAAAGACAGGUAGACACAUACAGAUAUCCAAAGAUAGGUAUCCACAUGUACCCACUUAA